CAUGUCAAGUACUGAUGUUACUGCGCGUAACACCCGCACGCCCCCUAAAUCUCUGUUUCGCGUUUGUGUUUGGCACACUUUCAAUGUUUUUGUGAGAACGUUGAGCAUCUGGAAAAGAUCAGUGGAAACAUGGCGUUUAGAACCUGGACCUACAUUCCACCGCGGAGGAGGCUGCUCGGCUGAGCGUUGGGGGAGGGGCUUGUCCGGGAUGUGUAGAAUGUAACUUUGUAACUUUGCAAAUGUCCGCCCAAUAAGUCUACCCGUCGUCUUCUCGGUGCUUCCAUCGCCGCGACGAGGUAGCCGCGUGGUUGUAAGCAGGCGGCGAGACUUUGUUGCUAAACUUGGCGCGGCUAGCUGCUUAGCUAGUUAGCUCAUGUAGCUUUAGCGCGUCCGUUAGCAGACUCUGUCCCACCGGAAGCUCGCAGCGCCGCGGGACUUUCGUCCUGCCAGCGCGUGGAGGCUUGGAAAUGGGCACCAGAACCGGAACCGCCGCCGAGGCGGACGGGGGCCGGUUUGAAGUCCGGCAGUACGAGGCGGAGGUGAUUGACAGCGGCUCGGAGCAGGACUCUGACUCCGGGGAGGACGAGGAUCCAGCCCGAGCCAGGAGAGGCGUCAAGCGGGAGAGGGACGAAUGGGCACUCGGUCACCAGUCCGCCACCCCCUCCGCGGGCCUGAGCGGGGGUCACGGCGGGGUCACCGCGGGGACGCCGGGAGCGAAGCCCGGCAAGAAAACGCGCGGGAGGGUGAAGAUCAAGAUGGCGUUCAUCGACAACAAACUGAGGCGAUACACAACUUUUAGCAAGAGGAAGACUGGCAUCAUGAAGAAGGCCUACGAGCUGUCCACGCUGACGGGCACGCAGGUGUUGCUGCUGGUGGCCAGCGAGACGGGCCACGUGUACACCUUCGCCACCAGGAAGCUGCAGCCCAUGAUCACCUCGGAGACGGGCAAAGCUCUGAUCCAGACCUGCCUCAACUCCCCCGACUCGCCGCCGCGCUCCGACCCGUCUUCCGACCAGAGGAUGAGCGCCACGGGCUUCGAGGAGACCGACCUCACUUACCAAGUGAGCGAGGCCGACGGUUGCCCCGACAUGGCCAAGGAGCUCAACAAAGCCGCAUUCACCAAUUCCAAUAUGGCGUGCGGCACCACCUCGUCCCCCGCGACCAUGCAGGUGCAGACUAGCUCCGCCUCCUGGCAGCCGUCCUCCACCAACGGGGGGCUGUUGAAGACGUCGGCGGGCGUGGUCUUUCCUGCCGGCUUUACUUUGAUGUCAGGUGCGUCUCUGCCCCCCGGCACGCACACCAUCCCGCUCAGCCAGCUGCAGGGUCCCGUGGGCCCCGGCGUCACGCUCCACGCCCCGCCCCCUCAGCCAACCACGCUGCUCCGCCUCCCCACAACCAUGUCACUGUCAGGGGGCGGAGUCUCCCAGCAGCUGCAGAGCGUCCAGUCCAGCAGCACGCCAACCUCCGCCAAACAGAGCAGCGCUGACGUCCGUAGCCCCGCCUCCUCUGCAGCCACUGUGGUCACCUCUUCCUCCUCCGUCGCCGCUCACAUGAUGUACCCCGGAGGUCACACGGUCAUGUACGCCACACCCACGUCCGCUCUCGGCGACGGCCUCGCCGUUCUCAACACCUUCUCUCAAGCAGGCCACGCCCAGUCACAUGACUCUGCGUCCGUCCCGCAGGUCUUCCUGGCGUCCCUCCCCCCGGUCGCCGCCCAGAUCCCCGUCUCGGCCGUGCAGCUGCACCCGAUGGUGAUCGGUCCGCAGAGCGGCGCCGGUGGCGGCAACCUGACAGAGCUGCAGGUGGUCAGCGUGGACAUGCACCAGGCGAAAGAAGACUGACCACUUCCUGUUCACCUAUUUUUAUCUUGGGGGAAAAAAAACAAAUAUUCUUUCUACUUCUGUGUUCCUUUUAUUGUGAAAGGAUGUCAUUGACGUGAACGUAUCAACUAACAUCAUCUUCACCAACAAAGUGCCAAAAAACGGAUUAUUUCCUCACGCCUGAAUACCCCGCCCAUGAUGUUGCGUUCAAGGACACCUGAACCUUCCUGUCUAUGCAGCACGUGACUGGACUGUUUCCCUGAUCAAUAAAUACUCCUCAUGCAACUGCA